AUGGAUAAUAGAAAUGAAUGUCCAAUGAUAUAUCAAGGUAUAUUUUCAAAUCCAUACGUUAUUGAACAUAUUAUAUUAAUUCUUUAUUUAUUAAUACUUAUUAUUGGUCUUGUGGGUAAUAUUAUGACAAUAAUUAUUAUUAAAUAUAAUGCACAUUUACGUACACCAACUAAUUUUUAUUUAUUAAAUUUAGCUGUUUCCGAUUUAAUGAUACUUAUGUGUAAUUUACCAUUAGAAAUGCUUGAAAUUUAUAAUCGUCAAUGGCCAUUAUCAAUAGUUUUUUGUAAACUAAGAAGUAUAUGUGCUGAAUUUUUUACUUGUUCAUCAAUAUUAACUAUCUUAGCAUUUACAUGUGAACGUUAUUUUGCUAUAGUACGUCCAAUACAUUUACGUCGAUUAAGUCAUUUUCGACGAUCACAAACUAUAAUUAUUAUUAUUUGGUUAAUAUCAUUAGGAUUUAGUCUUCCAGUUGGACUUUUAUAUGAAGUACAGAAUAAUCAUACUGAAUCUUAUCUAAAGAGUUCUAUGGAUAAAACAGUAUAUACUAGUUGCAAAGCUUGUGUACCAAAACCAAGUUUUGCCAAACUUUUACCAAUAAUUUUUAUAAUAACAUCAAUUUGUUUCUUUUAUUUUCCAAUGAUUAUUAUUGGAGCUAUUUAUAUAUUUAUUGUUCAAGCUCUACGUCGUGUUAGUAAAUAUGAAGAAUGUUCAAAUCCAUAUGAAAUUAGUACACCAUCACAUUCAAGUAUAUCAAAUAAAGAAGCAGUUGAAAUACAACAACAAAACGCUCAUAUUAAUUCAUAUACAUGGUUAAAAAUACGUGCACGUUGUCAAGCUCGAAAAGUUGUUGUUAAAACUCUAGUGGCUGUUGCUAGCGCAUUUUUUAUGUGUUAUGCGCCAUUAUAUUUACAACGUUUAUUAAUAGCUCUAACAACUUUAACUAAUUCUCAAACUGAUGCAUCAUCACUUGGAAAUUUUAUGGCUUAUUUAUAUGUUAUAUCUGGUAUAACAUUCAAUUUGGGUUCAGUUAUUAAUCCAAUACUUUAUAAUGUUGUUUCAAAUAAAUAUCGACGUGCAUUUCGAGAUUUAGUUUGUUGUCGUUUAAUAACUCGAAAAAAAUUAAAUAGAAAUAAUAGUCAAACUUUAUUUCAAAAUAAUCGUUCACAAAAAAAAGUUUUAGAAGCAGAUAAAUGUAACAAUAUCAAAUUUCAUCAAAAUACCAGUUCAAAUAGUACUAAACAACAACUAGCAUUAAAUACAAUAAAAAAACCAAUGUUUGUUCAUGCAUAUUCAUCUAAAUCAAAAUCAUCAGCAAUGUCGUUUCGUCAUAAACUAAACGCUUAA